CCACGACUCUAUAGAGACUUUCACUGUUGCCAACCAAAAUAGAAAAUACUCUCUCCUUUCCCUCCCGUGUCCCAAGAAAAAAAGUUCUCUGUUUGUUUCCCGAGAAAAUUACUGAGCCAACACCGUCUCCAUCGUCAAUGGCUUGGGUUCAACGACUGAGCUCUAUUGACUGGCACCAAGAAUCCUACCCGGACUUUCGGGAUUUCUCCGUUCUACCCUUUUUGGCUCUCUUCUUCCCCACCGUUCGCUUCUUUCUCGACAGAUUCAUAUUCGAGAAAGUGGCAAGACGAUUGAUUUUUGGAAAGGGACAUGAGAUGCUGGAUUUUCAGACAUAUGAGAGAAAAAAGAAGAUUAGGAAAUUUAAGGAAUCAGCCUGGAAAUGCAUUUAUUUUCUUUCUGCAGAAAUUCUUGCUUUGUCUGUAACAUAUGAUGAGCCUUGGUUUACUAAUACAAGAUAUUUUUGGGUGGGUCCAGGGAGUCAGAUAUGGCCAGAUCAAAAGAUUAAAUUGAGAAUGAAGGGGCUCUAUAUGUAUGGUGCUGGAUUUUAUUCAUACUCCAUACUUGCUUUAAUAUUUUGGGAAACAAGGCGCUCUGACUUUGGGAUCUCCAUGGGCCAUCAUGUUGCUUCUCUCAUUCUGAUUGUGUUAUCUUAUAUUUUUAGGUUUGCUCGUGUUGGAUCAAUGGUUUUAGCUCUUCACGAUGCUAGUGAUGUAUUUCUGGAGACAGGGAAAAUGUCUAAAUACAGUGGUGCUGAAACAAUAGCUAGCUUUGCAUUUAUUCUUUUUGUUUUGUCUUGGACCAUACUGCGCCUCAUUUACUACCCAUUCUGGGUUCUUCGGAGUACAUGGUUCAAAAGUUGUCUUCCUGGGGGAGAUUUACACUUUUUUUUUUCCUCCUACGUUCUUAACAAGAAGGAAGCUGUUCUAGUGGGAAUUCUGCACACUACUAUUGUUUCUCUGUCUGUCCAACAGCUGUCUCUCUAGCAUAUUCCAGUCUGGUAUUUGAAUGGAAAUGGUGUCAAGAUUUAUUUAGAAAGACUAAUUGGCCUGCUGUACUGGUCUGAUUGGUUGUUUAAUGGUCUUAAAGAAGGACUUUUUAUAUAAUGGGGGUUUUCUCUUAAGCAGAUUUCUUGAGUUAGGCUUUUGUAGAUUGUCAACAAUCCUUAUUCUGCAAAUGUCAUCUAUUUCAUGCUUUACUUAUUCAUACUGUCCAUUAUCAAUCCUACUAUUUACUUGUCGUGUUAAUUUCUGACUUUUAAAAAUCAAGGCUAAAAUCAGUGAUAUGUAAGUCCGAUAUUCAUUUUCCAAGUUUUAAAUGGUUUGAAAUAGAAUUUAUGGAGAAAAAAAAAACAUUGUUUACUUGGAUUAAGGAAUUUUAGCUGUCUUGUCUGAGCCGAAUUAUAGAAUAAAGUUUUACUAGAGUUUGUACUCAUUAAUUUUUUUCUUCAUUUCUCUGUCGAUUCAUCGAUAACUUGAGCAAUCUAAUUCGAGCUCAGUUGGAACCGUAUUGGGGUGGCUCUCCCAAUAUUAUUUUUUCCAUUUCUAAGACUCGAACUCGAGACUUUUGGUGAUGGGAAACUAGCUCCUUAUCAAUUAAAUCAAUGGUUGGUCAAAUUAAAUCUUUUUUAUCUUCAUAUAAGCACCAUAAGGGGGAAAAUCUUGUUUCCGACUCUGCAGAAAUUUCAAUAAUUCAAUCUAAAUAGUAAUGCUAGAGCUGUCCGUUGUCCACCUAUUACUAUUCCUCAGUUUAAUUGUUUUAUU